UGCAAUGGUUUAUUGCUAUGCUCCAUUCCCAUUGUCUACUCCGUUGGCAUAACGCCAAUAAAAGGUUAUAUUCUCUUUCUCUCUCUCAUUUAUACCUUUUGGGGUUGUUGCAGUCUCAUAGCCAAGAAGAAGAAGAAAAGUUUCAUCUUUUAUGUUGGGAUUCUAAAGGGUUGGAGAUACCCAAAAUUUAAAGGGGAAAGAGAGAUGGGUUCAUGUGCAUCAGUACAUAAAAGCUCCCAAGAGUCAGCCAUGAAAGUUGGACUUUCUUUAGGGUCUAAAACAGACAAUAUCAUCAUCCCACCUUCACCUGUUAAAGAGAAAUCUGAUGCUGUCAAUGGUAGUAAAGAUGAAACUUUUUUUGAUUCCAGAGCAUAUUUGGAUUCGGAUUGUGAUGACGAUUUCUUAAGUGUCAGUGGUGAUUUCACUCCAUCUCGAGGUAAUACCCCCGUUCACCAUAAUAGCAUCUCUAUUGGGGUACCUAAAAUUCACAAGGCCAUUGAUGAAGGAUCUGCUGGCUCAUGUUCGGAAGCGUCCCCAGGAAAGAAAAAGAAGCUAGUCGAACUAUUCCGUGACAGUGUUAAAGAAGACCAAGAUGUUAAUGAGCUAAAUACCUCGAUCAACCAGGACACUGCCAACGGAAAGCUUGAAUGCAAACCAACAAUCCAAGACAUACUACCUCCAAAAUCUGCCAACGGUACCCCUUAUGUCACUCAAGCUAAUUCUCAGUGCAGUAGUGAAAGGACGGCAAAUGGAGAUAACCUUAUGUUCAAGGAGAAGUCUGUUAGGUCUGCACAACGUUGCCUUCCUAGCUUGGUUUUAUGCAGUAGUUCUAGUGAGAGGAGGAAGAAGAUGAGCCCUGCAACAGAUGUAAAAUAUAAGCCUUAAUUUCCAUCAAUUUACCAGUAAGUAGGUUGAAGAAGCCCGGAACUUGAGUCCCGGAGAUCUUGCUCACAAAGAUAAUCGGAUCUAAUGAAGUCCUGGGAGGAGAUCAUACAGUUAUAUACAGGAUUUUCGGAUUCUAGUCAAUGUAAAAAGCAUUACAGUAUAUUACACUAUAUCUAUGUUAGUCAAAUGCUGUUUAAAUCUUAAUUGUUCUUUACAUUUUCAGCUGAAAUAAUAAGAAUAAUCGUAAGAGCUGAUUUGUUAAUAA